CAAACUCAUCGAUCGAACAAGCUUCAAUAAGAUUCAUCCAUCAAGUCAAUUGCCUGCCCCUAUACUCAAUCUAUUAUUACCAUCUCAUAGACGACCAACACAGCUCAUUCACUCAAGCUUACCGAAGCCAUGUCAGCCGCGGCCAAGAAGCUUAUAGUCUGCGGAGGCAAUGGCUUCUUAGGGUCCCGGAUCUGCAAAUAUGCCGUGGCUAGAGGUUGGGACGUUACAUCAGUCAGCCGCUCAGGUGAGCCACGAUGGGAAAAUGUCACAUCCACAGCGACCCCUCCGCCAUGGGCUCACAAAGUCUCAUGGGAGCGAGCCAACAUCCUUGAGCCUUCAACUUAUGCGCCCUUGCUCAAGGGCUCCGACUACGUUGUUCACAGCAUGGGCAUUUUGUUAGAAGCAGACUACAAGGGCGUCGUCUCUGGUCGAGAAUCUCCCAUUGCAGGACUUCAGAAAGCAUUUGCUUCAGUUCGAGAUCGAGGUGUCGACCCCAUCCACAGUCAGCCCGGAGAGAGCAUCAAGCCCUCCAAUCCCAAGGAUCAACUAUCGUAUGAAGUCAUGAAUCGGGACAGCGCAAUUGCACUUGCUAAACAUGCCGCUGCCGAGAACACCGGCGCUUUCUGCUUCAUCUCUGGGGCAGCUGGAGCGCCGGUCCUCCCUCAUCGAUACAUUUCUACCAAAAGAGAGGCCGAAGCUGCCAUAACAAGCAACUUUCCUCAAAUGCGCGGCAUCUACAUGCGGCCGCCGUUCAUGUAUGAUAGUUCACGCAAGAUGACCAUGGGCAUCGCUGCAGCAGCUGGUGCCGCAUCCUUCUUCAACAGCCUGACGGGCAACGUCUUGAAAAAUUUCAUGGGGGCAGCAGGAACGAAACCUCUUCAAGUUGAUACAGUUGCAGAGGCUGUGGUCGAGGCACUUGCGGAUGAGACAAUCAAGGGUCCCGUGGAGCUUGAGCGGAUCGAAGAGCUCGCGUCCAAGGGGUGGAGGAAGACGAUGCUAUGAAUUAAGAUUGAUGUAUGAUUAAAAGCAAAACGCUGUAUCUAUGUGUGCAAGUUAAUUUCCAAAACAAACAAACGCUCCUCAUAUAUCUCAAUAACCUUGCCCGUUUCCCUCUUGAAAGUAACUGAUUAAUAUCUUAUAUCAUUGUUCCACGCUCAAAGCUGUCCCUGAUCUCAGCAGUAUAUUUGUUGUAGAAACGCGAUAGUUUCUGGUUGAACUGCUUAUUCUUCUCAUUGAUGUACGUGACAUCUCCGUCCUCGCCGUUUUGUGCCAUUCGCUCCUUUCUCUUCUUGAGACGAACAUCUUCUGCGCGUUGAAGAUCCUUGACUAGGCGAUCAAUAGCCUCCUUGUCGGGUUUAUUUUGAGUAAAUGAUGUCGAGUCCGCUGUUGAGUAGAAGGAACCGUCUUUAUCCACAGCGAUAAGCUCGCCGUCUUCUGUCUCGACGAUGUCUAGACCGCCAGAAGCCGCAGCUUUUUCAAUGGCAGCCAUCUUCUGCUUCUCGUAUUUCUCGAGAUCAGGAUUGAUAUUGCG